AUGACCGACGACGACAAACCCAAAACCUCAAACGACAACAAGCUGAUGGUCAGCAAAAAUGUGACUAUCGCCGUAAAGCUCAACGGAACAAACUAUUCGGUAUGGGCACGGCUGAUGAAGAUCCAGAUUGGGAGUAGGAGGGUACUCCGCCACAUCAACGGCAAUCCGCCACCACCCGAACCAGGGGCGGCCGACUACACGGAGUGGGAGGAGACGGAUCUAAUUGUCUUCUCGUGGAUCCUAGACAACAUCGAGACCGACAUCGUCAUCGAUUUUGCUCAUCACCAAACGACAGAGGCUCUAUGGAAGAGUCUAGCCGUGACUUUCGAAGGUACAUCCGAUCCGUUCCUACUGUUCGACCUAGAAGAAAAGGCAGAGAACGUUAAACAAGGGGAACUAAGUCUCGAAACAUAUUGGCGGCACUUACACGGGACAUGGAUUGACGUGGACCGGUGUCAAGAAAAACGGGUCACCUGCUGUGACAAAGGAGUAGGGCAGUUCCGGAAGUACAUCGAGACGCGCCGGCUAUUCAAAUUUCUGACCGGCCUCAAUCCAAAAUACGAUCAAAUGAAACGAGAAGUCCUCAAGGAGCGACCAUGGCCCUCAGCGGUAGUUGCAUACGGUUGGAUAAAGUGA